AUUCUUGCUGCCCUUUUUACUGUUAUGAAAUGAUUUGCUCUAGUUUUUGAUCUCUUGCAAACACGAGCUGGAGAUCUUCGUGGUUCUUACUGGUUUGGGGAUCCUGUGGAAAUGACGUAAAAGUAAGAUACUUUGGCGAUGGGUGUAAUCUUCUCUUGUGCUUUGCCAUUGAAGUUUAUGAAAUUGUUUGGUUUGUGUUGAGAGAGAGGAGGGCACUCGAACUUUGUACAAUGGCUGCCUCUCCUCCUUCAUCCUCUGCAAUUCCACCAACUUCCUCAGGCGCCUCACCAUCAAAGCCAUCCCUUUCCUCUCCACCUCCAUCUCCCGGAGCUGACUCCCAGCCUAAUGCCUCAACCGAUCCUCCUGCAUCUUCUCCACCCCCGUCUUCUGUUGCUACUCCUCCUCCUAUCUCUAGCCCUCCCCCACCCAUUUUAACUUCCUCACCACCUUCAUCUCCAGUACCACCAGCAAUCUCUUCGCCCCCGCCAUCGAGCAAUCCUGCUCCACCACCAGCUUCCCCAUCUAACCCAACUCCUAGCGCACCACCCCCUGCACCAAUUCUAUCUCCUCCUACUACUGUGACACCGCCCCCAGCUUCUCAGCCUCCACCUUCAUUGCCAUCAUCACCUCCUUCCACCCCACUCUCCCCUCCACCUGUAGUUACAGUGCCGCCUCCAUUGCCUCCUCAGGCUCAGCCACCUCCACCUCCAUCUUCUACACCGCCAGGAGGUAUAUCUCCUUCACCACCUCCACAAGAUCCCCCUCCUUCUGGGUCUCCUCCCCCACCUUCAAAUCCCAAUUCACCAGCACCACCUCUGAAUGAACAACCACCUCCGCUCUCUCCUCCUCCUCCUCCUCCUCCAAGGAAUUCCUCUAGCCAAGUGCCACCCAACAAUCCAACCACUUCACCCUCUCCACCUCUGAGUUUUCCAAUCACUCCUAGCAACUCUCCAAGCUCUCCUUCCCCAAACACGCCAGGCUCUUUGGCUAGUCCUGUUAGUCCCAGUGCCGGGGGAUCAACUACACCAUCAGCAAAUGAUAAUGUUGGCUCAGUGAGCAGCAGAACUGUUGCUAGUGGAAGCAAUAGUGGGGUGAUUGUUCCUAUUGCUGUAAUGUCAGCAUUGGUUGCACUCAGUUUAAUAGGAGUUUCAGUAUGGUUCAUGAGUAAACGUAAGAAGUCUAAGGGUUAUGCUGCUGGUUUUGUCAUGCCCUCUCCAAUGGCAUCAUCACAGUUUUCAGAGUCAUCAUACCAAAGGUCCCCCUCAGCUCCACUUGUCUUAUACAGCUCUGGAACUCAUGGUGGAUCUCCUGGUUCCAUGAACUCACUGCCUGAGCAUAAUUUAGGCAAUUCAAAGUCAUGGUUUUCCUUUGGGGAUCUGUACCAAAUAACAAAUGGCUUUUCAGAACAGAAUUUGUUGGGUGAAGGUGGCUUUGGUUGUGUAUUUAAAGGCUGCUUACCAGAUGGAAGAGAUGUUGCAGUGAAGCAACUCAAAGUUGGUGGUGCUCAGGGAGAGCGAGAGUUUAGAGCGGAAGUUGAAAUUAUUAGUCGUGUUCAUCAUCGACAUUUGGUUUCUUUAGUAGGGUACUGCAUAGCUGAAAAUCAAAGAUUGUUAGUCUAUGAUUAUGUGCCUAACAAUACACUUCAUUAUCACCUACAUGGACAUGGAAGACCGGUUAUGGACUGGGCGGUGAGGGUUAAGGUUGCAGCAGGGGCAGCUCGUGGAAUUGCAUACUUGCAUGAGGAUUGCCAUCCUAGGAUUAUUCACAGAGAUAUAAAGUCCUCAAACAUUCUCUUAGACAACAAUUUUGAAGCUCAGGUUUCUGAUUUUGGUUUAGCAAGGCUUGCUAUGGAUGCUUGUACGCAUGUGACCACAAGAGUGAUGGGAACAUUUGGAUACUUAGCUCCAGAGUAUGCAUCAACUGGCAAGCUAACUGAGAAAUCUGAUGUUUUCUCCUUUGGAGUUGUUCUGUUGGAGCUUAUUACUGGAAGAAAGCCUGUUGAUUCUUCCCGGCCUCUUGGAGAUGAAAGCCUUGUUGAAUGGGCCCGUCCCCUACUCUCAAAUGCUCUUGAGUCCGGUGAUUUAGGAGCUUUGCCAGAUUCCAGGCUUCAGAACAAUUACAAUAUGCAGGAGAUGUUCCGAAUGAUCGAAGCAGCUGCAGCUUGUGUUCGCCAUUCUGCAUCAAUGAGACCUCGAAUGAGUCUGGUUGUGAGGGCUCUUGAUAUUUUAGCUGACAUUGAUUUGAGCAAUGGCAUCCAACCCGGGCGAAGCGAGCUAUUUAACACCGGGCCACAUUCUGAGGAAAUCAGGAUGUUUAGAAGGAUGGCUUUUGGCAGCCACAACUUCAGCACUGACUUCACUCGUUCUACUUUGAAGAGUGACGCAGAUUUCUUGUAAAUAGUGUUAGAUUUGUUUUCCUUUAUUUAUUUCCUUUUAUUUUCUUUUAUUCUUUGAUGUAUGAUUGGGAAUGUUUUGAGGAUUCCCUGCACCAUUUUUUCUUGGCUAUAUGUAAAGUAGUUU